AUGGCUCGAAAACCAGUCAUGGAACUGUUUGCACAGCAUCUCAAAGGCCUGUCCUUGGACGGUGUCAGGAAAUCCUUCCCCUCCGCCCACCCUGAUGCCAAUCCCCUCGACCUCUACAGGGCACAUCUGAGCAACGUGCUUGCGGAAAUCUCGGGAGUUUCCUCUUCCACCCUAUACCCGGUCGUGAUGCGCACGCAGGGGCUCGACAAGGGCGACUUUAUCAUUGCUGUGCCAGCGCUUCGGCUCAAAGGAUCGAAGCCGGACGUCCUAGCCAAGGAGUGGAGUGCAAGCUUUCCGGCGGACGAUGCGCUCUUCGCGAAACCCGUCGUCAAUGGUUCCUUUAUGUCGUUUUUCGUCAAGGCCGACCCCCUUUCGUCAACAGUGAUCCCCAUGGUCCGCCAGGCAGGGGCCCGUUACGGUCGCAAUGACUUUGGUGGAUUGAAGGACCCCAAGGACCCGAGCAAGGGACGAAAACGAAUUAUUGUUGAGUUUAGUUCGCCCAACGUCGCCAAGCCCUUUCACGCCGGUCAUAUCCGAUCCACCAUCAUCGGAAGCUUCACGGCCAAUGUGUAUGAAGCCAAUGGAUGGGAGGUCCUCAGGAUCAAUUACCUCGGCGACUGGGGCAAGCAAUACGGCCUGCUCGCCGUGGCAUACGAACGAAACGGGAGCGAAGAGGAGCUCAAGAAGAACCCGAUUGACCAUCUCUUCAAGCUCUACGUGCAGAUCAACAAGGACAUGAAGGAGGAAAACGAAGCGAUAAAGGCCAAGAAAGAGGCUGGCGAGGAUGUCAGCGAGCUCGAAGCGAACAGUCUGGAUGAGCAGGCGCGAAAAUACUUUCGACACAUGACCGAUCGAGAUGAGCGGACGCUGGCACAGUGGCAGCGGUUCCGAGACCUCAGCAUCGCACGAUAUCAAGAAACGUAUUCGCGAUUGGGGAUUCACUUUGACGAAUACAGCGGGGAGAGCCAAGUCAGCGAGGAGUCAAUGGCGAAAAUGGCAGAGCAGCUGAAGGCGAAGGGGGUGACUCGAGAAGACAACGGCGCCGUGCUCGUGGACUUUACGCAGCUGCUGCCCGGGAAGGAGGGCAAGCAACUAGGAGUGACCUUGGUCCGGAAAAAGGACGGCACAGCGCUCUAUCUCACGCGAGACAUUUGCGAGCUUCUCGGUCGAUAUGAAAAGUACAAGUUUGACCACAUGAUUUACGUGGUGGGGGCGGCUCAGAACUUGCACUUGAGCCAGCUGUUCAAGCUCGUGGAGCUCUUGGGGCAUGAGGAGGUCGCCAAAAAGUGUCAGCACGUCAAUUUCGGCCUCGUCCGAGGAAUGAGCACCCGGAAGGGGACUGCCAAAUUCUUGGACGACAUCUUUGCAGACUGCGCCGAUUACAUGCACGAGAAGAUGAAGCAAAACGAGGCCAAAUACGCUCAGAUAAAGAACCCCGAGGCGACGGCCGACAUAUUGGGUAUCAGCGGCGUGAUGGUCCAGGACAUGAGCGGCAAGAGGAUAAACGAUUACGACUUUAAUAUGGACGCCAUGACGUCGCUCGAGGGAGACACUGGACCCUACCUGCAAUAUGCCCACGCCCGACUUUGCUCCAUCAAGCGCCGGGCGGCCCUGUCCGAGGAGGACCUGGACGCCGCGGACCUCACUCUGCUCACGGAGUCACACGCGACAAACGUGGUGCGUAUGUUGGCGCAGUGGCCGGACGUGCUGAAGAACGCAUUGCGGACGUUGGAGCCCACGACCAUCCUGACCUACCUGUUCAAGACGGCACAUGUGGUGAGCAGCAGCUACGACCAGCUCCAGGUCGUCGGCAGCGAGCGGGAACUGAUGCGGGCACGAAUGGCGCUCUACGACGCGGCGCGAAUCGUGCUGGCCAACGGCAUGCGCAUUCUGGGCCUGACGCCGCUGGAGAGGAUGUAA